UGCGAUUUCAUUUAACACAACCAGCCCAUGUACACAUGUGGCCAUGUAACAUAAUCAGCAUCGUUUUCUGGCAACUGGGUUUCUCCUAGAAAUUUCAAAUUUCAAAAGCACUUCUGAAAAAAGCAAAUUUUUUGCAAGAUCAAAUUGAACCGAAGUGUCAAACCCUUGGCUCCACUGUUAGUCAAAGGGCAGCUACUAUUUUAGUGUUUUGCUGUUUGGAGCCGCAUCCUUGUCACUUUUGAGGUGCACAAAGCUUUGAGUUUCAGGAGGGAGAAUUGGUUGAAGUUCUAGAGAGAGAGAGAGAGAGAGAGAGAGAGAGAGAGUGAGAGAGAGAGAAGCAUUUGAGUUGAAAGUUGGGGUCUUUACAGCUGCAGGAAAUUUGGGUCAGUUGGUGAAAUCUUGCUCUAGGUUAUAUGAUGUUGUGAUGCUUGUUUGUAUGUGUGGGAACUGGGAAGGCAUAGCUUCUAGUACCCGAAACCAAGCUGUUUUCGGUGAUUUCAGGAUGUGCUUUAAGGGAUAAAAUCCAAACUCCAUGAUCGCAAGAUGUGUGACUCACCGUUUGUGCAAACUGCCUUGAGCCAAAGCGUUUCGUUUUGUAAAUAUUCGCAUUCUAGCAUCACUAGUAAUUCGGAAAUUCAGUCAUUUUCUGCAAAAGAACUUCAGAGUGAGAGCUCAUUUUCACAGGUGACCAAUCCCGAUGAAGGUAUUGGAAGAUUUGGGUCAUGCUCUAAAGGUAGUGAUACUUACCAUUACAGAUUCCAGCUUGAACAGGAUGUACAAAGGUUGCAACUGCAGCUGCGGCAAGAAGUAGAACUGCAUACUAUCCUGGAAAAUGCAAUUGAGAAAAAUGCUGUUAAAUUUUCCAGCCCUUCAUGCCUCCCUUACUAUGCUCAAGAGCUCCUGAGCAAUAUUUCUGCGCUGGAGGUUACAGUUUCAAAACUUGAACAAGAGUUGGUUGCUUUGCAAUUCCAACUUAGUCAAGAAAGAAAUGAACGAAGGCUUGCUGAAUAUCGUCUGAGGCAUCCAUCUCCUCAGUCCAUGUCUCCUCACUCCUCUGACAUUAUGAAACUAACGAUUUCAUCUUCUUUGAGGACUUCAGAGCACACCAAUCGUAAAUUACAUCAUUCCUCUGAAGAUGACUCAUAUCAGGAGCCAAAGGAUCAACAAUUAACUGAGAAUGCAGUGGACUCCAUUGCAAUUCACCAUGAUAUGAAAAUGUCUAGGAAGAUGGAUUCUGAAUCUUUUCAACCUGCUGAGUUCGGGAAGCUUCCUAAAGGGAUGCGCCCCAAGGGCCUCUGGGAUCAUCCAAACCAACUGUCAGAGGAGAUGGUUAGAUGUAUGAAAAAUAUAUUCAUAUCUUUGGCUGAUUCAGCUACACCAUCAAAAUCUUCAGCACAAGAGAGCCAAUGCUCGUCUAUGUCUCCCCGUGGACAUCUUUCCAAUUCCUCUUGGUGGUCAUCAUCUGAACGGUCGAUGAUUUCAUCAUGGGUGCAGAGCCCACAGGUUGAUAUACAGAGUAACUCUGAAGUAUUAGCUUCAGAGAAUGCCUGUGAUCCCUACAAAGUUCGAGGAAAACUGAGUUGGGCGGACAUUGGGAACUAUGGAUUAGCGACUGAAGUUUCUUGGAUGUCAGUUGGGAAGAAGCAAUUAGAAUAUGCUGCAGGGGCCUUGAGGAGGUUCAGAGUACUUGUCGAGCAAUUGGCAAAAGUAAACCCCAUCCAUCUGAGUUACAAUGAGAAGCUAGCUUUCUGGAUUAACUUGUACAAUGCACUGAUUAUGCAUGCUUACUUGGCUUAUGGAGUCCCUAGAAGUGACUUGAAGCUCUUCUCUUUGAUGCAAAAGGCAGCUUAUACUGUUGGUGGUCAUUCUUUCAGUGCAGCUGCUAUUGAGUAUGCAAUUCUGAAGAUGAAGCCACCACUCCAUAGACCACAAAUUGCUUUGCUUCUUGCCCUUCACAAGCUGAAGGUGUCAGAUGAGCAACGGAAGUCUGCAAUCGAUACCUAUGAACCACUUGCAACGUUUGCUUUGAGCUGUGGAAUGUACUCUUCACCAGCGGUAAGAAUGUACACUGCUAAAAAUGUGAGGGAAGAGCUUCAGGAAGCCCAGCGUGAUUUUGUUCGAGCUUCGGUUGGGGUUAGCAGCAGGGGGAGGUUGUUGGUGCCAAAAAUGGUGCACUGCUUUGCCAAGGGCAUUGUGGAUGAUUCAAAUUUAGCUGUGUGGAUAUCACAUUACCUUCAGCCCCACCAAGCUGCCUUUGUUGAACAAUGCAUAUCACAGAGGCGACAAAAACUUCUUGGUUCACGUAACUGUGGGAUUCUUCCAUUUGAUUCGCACUUCCGGUACCUCUUCCUGCCUGACAAAAUUCCUUUAUGAUCCCGUUAUACUGUACUGCUAGUUAAAUACCUGGGAUUAGCUUGACGCCCUAUAUGGUGUGAUGAUAUAAAAGAUCGGAUUAGUUGACAAUACGGUGGCAGUUAGGGUCUUUCAGCUCAGAGACCUCAUAUAUACCCUCAAUAGGGUGCUGUACAUUUUGUUCAUGGAUAAGUUAACAGGAGUUGAGAUACAACGUUUGUAGGUGACUGACGUCUGUAUUUGCUUGUAUUCUACGAUUGCAAAAAUAAGAGACGGUAUAAUGUUCAUUGCUUAAAUGUAAUACAUCCGGUUCCCACGUUACAUAUGAAUCAUAAGCCUUGAGAGGGAUUUUGGUUGUUCAA